GGAUGCCAUCUCCAAGUCUUUCCGACAAGUCGGUGUAGUCGCAGAGCUUGUCGCUAGCCAAUAUCUGCAUCUCCCUGACCUUUUGAGAGUUCUCUGUCCCGCGAGAGCUUCUUUCCUGCCUUGAUCUUGCUCCUCUCCAUCCCAACAUCCUCAACCCCUCUUCCUCACAAUGGCGGACACCAAGGUCUACCGGGCUAGCACCACUGCUCCCGUCAACAUUGCCGUGGUCAAGUACUGGGGCAAGCGUGACCCCAAGCUCAACCUCCCCACCAACAGCUCCCUCUCCGUCACCCUCUCCCAGGCCGACCUGCGAACCCUGACGACCGCCUCCUGCUCCAGCGCGUACAACGACGGCGACAGCCUGACCCUCAAUGGCGAGGCUUCCGAUGUCUCUGGUGCGCGAACCCAGGCUUGCUUCCGCGAGCUGCGCUCUCGCCGUGCCGCCCUCGAGGCUGCCGACGCGUCGCUGCCCAAGCUGUCGGCCAUGCCCGUGAAGCUCGUCUCCGAAAACAACUUCCCCACCGCAGCUGGCCUGGCCUCGUCUGCCGCUGGCUUCGCCGCCCUCGUCAAGGCCAUCGCGCUCCUCUACGAGCUCCCCGACUCGCCCGCUGAGCUCUCGCUCGUUGCCCGACAGGGAUCUGGAUCUGCCUGCCGUAGUCUGUUUGGCGGCUACGUCGCGUGGAGGAUGGGAGAGAAGGACGACGGAAGCGACUCCAAGGCCGAGCUGAUUGCUCCCGCUUCGCACUGGCCCGAGAUGCGCGCGCUGAUCCUGGUUGCCAGCGCUGCUAAGAAGGGUGUCUCUUCCACCUCCGGCAUGCAGCAGACCGUUGCCACCUCUGGUCUCUUCCAGCAGAGGAUAUCGACCGUUGUCCCCGCCAACAUGGCUUCGAUGGAGGCUGCAGUCCACGCCAAGGACUUUGCCAAGUUCGCCGAGGUGACGAUGCGGGAGUCCAACUCGUUCCACGCCACUUGCGCCGACACCUACCCUCCCAUCUUCUACAUGAACGACGUCUCGCGCGCUGCCAUCCGCGCGGUCGAGCAGAUCAACGCCAAGGCCGGCAAGACCAUUGCCGCCUACACCUUCGAUGCCGGCCCCAACUGCGUUGUCUACUACCUGGAGGAGGAUGCCAGCACUAUCCUGGGCAGCUUCUACCAACCCCUUGCAGAGGUCACGGGCUGGAAGGAGGGUACCGCCAGCAUCAAGUCGACCGUGGAGCUUGAGAGCAGCCUCGCGGCAUCGCUGAAGGAGGGCGUUAGCAGGGUAAUUAUGACUGGCGUUGGCGAGGGCCCCAUCAAGACUGAGGAGUACCUUAUUGAUGAGAAUGGUCAAGCUGUUAAGCGAUAGACCAGGAGCGAAUAGUUUACGGCCUUUGAAGCACAUCCAAUAUAAAUGAUGAUCAGAGGACCUAUAUAACAAAAACUUUAAACUCCAUGUCGCAUACUUCUAAAGCUGUUAUUGACCGGGUUGCCCAUUGAUCGUGGUUGGGGUUGGAUCGGCUAGGAAGUAUUAGCACUCGCAGCUAAUAUCGUCCAGGAGCCAAGCAUAGGCCUUCCACUUGGGCAAGUUCGAGAGUCCGGUCGUAAUCAGGGCCAUUCCACUUUUAGCUUCAGUCGUUGAGAAAUUAGAAUUCUUUUAUAAACACCGGCAAUCAAGUUACAUUACCCAAGUUAUAGUAUAC